AUGUCUCCGAACCGGCGUGCCGUGCCAAGGGGUGUCCCCGCAGGCGGUGGGGCGCAGCUCCUCCGGCUGGGCCUCUCCCUUCUGCUCCUGGGGCCCCUGCCGCCCCCGGCAGACGGCAGCCCGCAGCCCUCUUGGGGCUACGCGGCCUACGAGAUAGUCGUUCCGAGGAAGAUCGGCCCCAAGGCCGGGAGAGCCAGCCAGGACCGGGUGUCCUACGUCAUCAGCAUUCAGGGGACAGAUUACACUAUUAACCUCAGGCAGAAGAAAGACUUCAUAAUCAAAAACUUCCCUGUAUUCACUCGUGACGCCCGAGGGGAAAUCGUGGUCCAACAGCCCCGCGUGGCAGCGGAUUGCUACUACCACGGCUACGUGGAUGGCAGCCCCGGCUCCGCGGUGACCCUGAGUACCUGCUCUGGGCUCAGGGGGCUGCUGCAGGUUGGAAACUUGAGCUACAGCAUUGAGCCCCUGGCGGAUUCCUCCACGUUCGAGCAUCUUCUGUUGCAGAGGGAGGACGCAGGUCCUGCAACGAUAAUGUGCAAAAUACCCAACGCAGGCAGACAGUUUGCAGGCGCUGGGGCAGCAACCAGGCAGUUCCAGCCCUGGGGGCACACGCGGUAUUUGGAGCUCCUUGCUGUAGUGGACAAGGAAGGGUUUGAUGCCUUUGGUAAAAAUAUAACUAACGUGACACUGGAAGUUAUUGAAAUAAUCAAUCUGGUGGAUGGGCUGUUUUAUCCUUUCCGCCUCCGCGUUUUAAUAACUGCACUAGAAGUUUGGGCAGAGAAGAACCCUAUCAGUAUUUCCAAAAACAUAACGGAGGUUCUCCAUAAUUUUAAUUUUUGGCGGAAGCGGAAAAGCCUUGCGCACACUGUGCAUGAUGUGGGGUGUCUAUUCGCUGCACUGGACUUCGGUUAUGGUACAGGAACGUUGCACAUGGGUGGCAAAUCGAACUUUGCCAGUGUGUGUGAUAGACAACGUGCCUCUACUGUUAUAUCAUUUGCAAAACAGACUUAUAUGCACACUGCUGCCCAUGUUGCUCAUGAGUUAGGGCAUGUUAUUGGCAUGGCGCAUGAUGACAAAUACUGCAGGUGUGGCAACUCCUCUAAAUGCAUCAUGAACGCACACAGCAUAGUGAACUACCAAUUCAGCAACUGCAGCACUAAGCACUAUUUUGAUUUUAUAGCAUCGGGGAAAGGAUACUGUCUGAAUAACGCCCCAGAAUCAGUAAUGCCUUUUAUACCGCAGCGUUGCGGGAACGGCGUCCUGGAGCCUGGGGAGCAGUGUGACUGUGGCUCAGCGGCACAGUGUAAACUGGACCCUUGUUGUGAUAACACCUGUCAAAAAAAAGCAGGAGCCAUUUGCACUUCUGGAGGCUGCUGUAAGAACUGCAAGCCUCUUCCAGAAGGAGAAGUGUGUAGGGCGAGCACCGGUCCCUGUGACCUGCCUGAAUAUUGCAGCGGGACAUCUGAACAUUGCCCAGCGGACAUGACCAUGCAAGACGGGACUGUGUGCGCCGAGGACGGGUACUGUUAUUUAGGCAAAUGCCGAUCUCGCACGUUACAGUGCAUUAAUAUCUUUGGCGAAGAAACAAGACCUGCUCCACUUAAAUGUUUCAAGGAGGUGAACAUGAAAGGGGAUCGGUUUGGCAAUUGCUGGGGGAGUGGGGCAGAUGGCAAAUUUGAGAAAUGUAAGCUAGAAAAUGUCCUGUGCGGGCGGAUGCAGUGUACAAACAUUAGACAUGUACCUUGGCUGCAAGAUCACACGACCAUCAUUCAAACCCCGGUGGGCGAUACCUGGUGUUGGGGCACAGACUACCACUUGGGGUUAGACGUUUUAGAUGCUGGAGCUGUUGAGGAUGGCAUGCAGUGCGGUGAGAAGAAGAUCUGCGUUAAUCGGACGUGUGUCCCUGAGGCCAAGUACCUGACAUCCCGCUGUUCUUCCAAGAGGACAUGCAGAGGAAAAGGAGUUUGCAACACCAAAGGAAACUGCCACUGUGACGAUGGCUGGGCACCUCCCUACUGCCAGUUUGCCGGCUUUGGAGGGAGCAUUGACAGUGGGCCUGCACCAGUCACUAAAAAGGGCCUUUUUAGGUUAAUCGUGGCUAGCAUGGUAAUAACUGUUGCUGUUCUCCUGGUACUUGCAGCACUUGUCAUUUUGCUCAUGAAAAUGCUUAGAAGAACCCAAGCAUUAAACAGACUAGCCAAACGCUUCCAGUCACGAGAACGGCCUCCUGAGGAGGCUGUGCAGACCCAGCGGGAAGGAGACAGCGCUAAACCAGAGAGUCCGAACGCCGUUGCGUAG